ACUAUACGCCUGUGUAUGUUCAGGAAAGGAUUUACCACAGUGAUGGAUACUGUAGUUCACCACAGCCUGUCACGUAAAGUAGUGUUUUCGGUUAUUUUAAGCCAUUGGCAGUAUACAUAUGUUUUAAGCCCAACCAUUAAAUUCCGCCAUUGAACCAACGGAGUGGAAGAGCAGCAGUAGCACGCGCACUGUAACCACGGAAACAAAAAGAAAACGUAAAGAACACAAACGCGGAUGACGCUGUUAACGUUAGCUAGCUGCAUCCAUAGACUGUAUAAAACGGUUAAAAAUAACCCCUUAAUGUUACCUUUCACACUGACUGUUUAUUUAAAAAAAUGGCUGAUGAUCACGCAGUGACAAAAACACGACCAAAUUCCUCCCAGUCUCCUGCUGACAUGGGAAGGACCAACGGGGCCAUGAAUGCAUCUCCUCUCUGUGACUCAGAUGUGUUGAGCCCCUCACAAACAGGAUAUGCAAAGAAGGAAUUUAUUAUGAUGCCACCUGAAGAAAAGCUCAAACACUUCUCCAGCCGAGCUCAGGCCCACGAAGACAACCAGGAGUUUGAUGCCUGCAUCCAGGACCUUGUGCGCUGUGUGGCUCUGACUAGGCUAGUAUAUGGCGAAGGACAUCUGAAACUAGCCCAGGCCCAUGUGCGACUGGCUACAGCAUAUUUCCAGUUCAAAGGCUUUGGACUGCAGGCCCAGGAGCACUUGGCGCUUGCCAGAGAGCUUCUGCCUUACUGCUCCUCCAUCUCCUCCUGCAGGGAAGAAAAGCUGGAGGUUCUCACGUGUCUCCUGAGCGUACAUCUCACACAGGGAGGUGCCUCGCUGCUUAUGGACAAUCUUGAGGAUGCAGAAAACUUUUUUCUGGAGACAGAAAAAGUUCUUGAGGACCUUCAUCAACGUGGUGGGAUCAGCCAGCAAGAGAAGAUGAAGACUGAGCUUGAACUCUCCACUGGUCUAUCCAGGGUCUAUAAGAGACAGAACAGACCAGAGGAAGCCUUAAGUCAGUGUCAGAAGUCUCUGCAAUUGCUGAAGGACUGUGGUCAGCCAGAGAAGACUUGCUCUGUCUACAGGGACAUGGCUGCCAUUGAACAUGACAAAGGUCAUUUGGACCGAGCCAUAGAGCAUCUCUCCAAGGCUCAUGCCAUUGCUAUGAGUCACAGCCCAGAAGAGCUGGAGGGGGCUCGGCUCUCCCACAGCCUGGCCCUCAUCCUUUCUGCUGCAGCAGAGCCCCAUCACAAUGACUCUGCAGGUCACUACUUCGAGCAGAGUCUAAGUGCAUACAGAAAUUCUGCAGGUCCACAGGAUCCAGCCUUUCUCGCUGCCCAGGAUGAUUUCUGUCGCUUCCUCCUCUGCAAUGGCAAGCAAGAGAGAUGUGUGGAGAUUCAGAGAGCUUCUCUCACUACAAAAAGAUCUACAUUUGGUGACCUGAGUGCUGAGGUAGCAGACACCCUUCAGCUGAUAGGAAGUGUGGAGAUGACUGAGGGCAGGAUGAAGCAGGCCCACAGGACCAUGACAAAGUGCCUGGAGAUCCAGAGUUUGUUGUACGGUCCUCAGCACAAGAAGACAAAAAGUACACAAAAAGCUGUGGACAUGCUUGCCCGGGCGCCAGAGAUGGCUGAGAGACAACAGAGGCAAGGAAGAAGGAAAACAAAAUGUUUAGCUGUACCAUCCAGUGGCAAUGAAGGAAACUCUGCGUCUGACUCUUGAAAUUGUCUUUUUUUACUUUAAAGAAAUGUAUUUGUCAGAUAAUACAGGCAGCUAGCACUCCUGGAAAUUAGCUCUAGUCAUGUCCACUGGUAGUACAUGAUGUUGUGCAUUAGGUGAAAUAAGUUAGCCUGAAAGAAAUGCUCACACUCAGAAAACAUACCUACAAUAGGUUUUAAUAGUGUUCCAAUAUGAAUCAUUUUCCAAAUAAGGGCAGGAACCUUUUUCACCAAAGCAAUAAUAAUGCAUUUUGUUAAUUAGAAACCAUUAUGUCAAUAAAAGUAAUUAUUUCUGGCUAUCCAA